GCUACAACAACAGCUUGGCUUGGAAGCAGCUGCUGUGUCCUGAGGGACUGAGCUCUGCGCUCCCAACUUUGCCAGAAGGAUGCCUCCAAAGGGCAAAGGGAAGAGAAAAAAAGCAGUGAAGCAACACAAAAAGGGAAAUGCAGCAGCGGAAAGCCAAGCUGCAGCCACAUCCAGGAGAGCAGCGCUGGAGGCUGACGGGCUGCAAGAGCACCCAGGUCACUGGAGGGAUGUGGCCUGGCAGGCAAGGGCUGACAGUGAAGGGUUCCAGCGGAGGCUGUGGGAUCUGGAGCAGGCACUGGAACAGGCGCAGGAUGAUAAGCAAGACAUGCAUGAAGAAAUGACCCGGCAAUACCAGGAGCUGCAGAAGCAGACGGCAGCACACAGCCAGCGCUUGGAGGCAAAAGUGAAAAGCCUGCAGGAACAGCUGGCCACCAGGCUGCAGGAGAGCCAGCAUACCCAGCAAGCUGCCACCAAAGCACUUGCAGAGAGGGACAGGACCAUCGCCCAGCUGCAGAGCAGAAUGGACACCAUGCAGAGGGAGUACGAGAAGAUCUUCCACGAUAGCCUGGACCUGGUGCUGGCCAAGGUGGCAGAUGCCAGGCAGCACUGGGAGGAGGAAGGCACAACCAUCUGCCUGGAGAACAAGCAGCGCCUGCAGGAGUUCGGCCUCAACCCCCUGGAGAUAUAGCACUCAGGGACCCCCAGGAGAGGACAGACUCUCAGCCUCUAUCAGCACAGCUGCCCCAGGAUUCUGUCUGUCCCUGGGAUAUGCUGCUGAGCGACAGACCCCCCAACACACCACUCACGUGAACGGCAGCAUGGAUUUGUCCUUUAAUCACUCUCCAAAGCGGUGACAUGGGAACAGUGCUGUGAUGGGUGCAGGUACCACCCAGCAGUUCGCAGAGGAGGAGCACGAGGGAGAUGUCCACGCAGGGCAGACCUGAGCCCCGAUGAGAGCUGGGGGGUUCCUCCAGCAUCCUUUUCCCCUUGGCCCAAAGUCCAGCCCCCUGGGUCAUGGCACGGAGGGCACUGCCUUGGCUCUCCUGGGAGCAAUCCAGAGCCUGGAGCUGAGCAUUAUGUCCUCAGAUACCCCUGGAGGUGUGGGUCUGUCUUCGGGUUACCACUACAUUCAAUAAAAGCUUGAGGCCAACCUUGGCCAGUGGA